AGAUCCCUCGAGAGUCAUGCUGUUUCACGAGGUGUGGGGGAGGAGCCUGUGUCGCUCGAUGGAGAGAUCGGUUGACGUAGAGCAGGAGUAUCCCGGAGGGGUGGAGCACAUCUACAGCCCCGCGUGCGUACCCCUCUGGCGCUGCUCUGGUUGCUGUGGAGACGAAAACCUGGAGUGCACGCCCACUCUUACCCGCAACGUCACCAUGCAGCUGUUGAGGAUAACUCCAUCUCAUAGGAAGAAGCAGUAUGUGGAGCUGACGUUUGUGGAGCACCAGAUCUGUGAGUGCAGACCCAGACUGGUCCAAAUGAAUAAUAAAAGCCAUGUGUCAGGCAGGACCAGACCAAGAAGGAAGAAACACAGGAAGAGAGCCAAAGACUGUGGCAAGUGUCGUCGCCCACCUGGGUAGGAACAUCCUCAUCGCCUCACCUCAGGCCUCUGUCCAAUCAGAUAACGCACGAGGCCACAUACAAGCCGGUCAGCAGAUAUACACCCAUUGUACCUCUCAGACACAAGAUACUUGAAGUGGUUGUCCUCAGUGGUUAGCAGGGCACCAGAUAUCCAUAGUUUCCAAAUCGUGUACCUAACUUUUUCUUCUUUUUUUUUUUUUUUUUUUUUUUUACAUGGGCAUAUUUCAGAUAUCCACGUCCAAUUCUUUCCUUUCAUCUUAUAAUUGCUACCACAGUAGCCGGGUAGCUACUUCCAUGGGCACAAGAGGGAUGGGUGGGAGGGGUACCAGAGAUAACCGGUUCCCAAGAGGAAAGGGAUUAAGCCAACACCCAUACUUCAGUAACUGCUCUGCCAUGGGACACUGACUAAACACCCUUUGGCGCUACCAUGUUGCUUGUGAAACAAUUUAUACGGUAUCAAAAUACAGAACCCCAUUUAUUUCGUUCUAGUGGACUAGUGCACAACCAAACGUGAGGAGAGAAUCUUGAAUUUUGACAAUGAGGCCUGGCCUCUGAGGUUUGUGGAAGGAUUGUAUUUGCAUGGCAACAAGGGUACUGUGACAGUUGUAACUUUUUUUUGGGGGGGGGGGGAACAAAUGUAUGUACAGUCUUUUUUGUCUUUACAUUAAAAUGUUAUCUUAAUGCAUUACAAAUUAUAGGCUAUUUCAAGUUUUUCCUUCUACAAAUACAGUUGUAGCGAAUGCUAUUGUAAUAAA